AUUCAAACUGAGGCAAAUGGUCAACGCCCCCCUCCUCCCACAUGCGGCCUCCCUCCUACUCCGGCAAGUCCAAAUCGCCUCGCUCUCAAUAAAUCCCCGCGGCGCCGCGUAGGCAUGCCCGCGAGCCCCCGACUACGGCGACAGCCAUGGGGAGGAAGAGGAGCCAUGCCCCGCCCCUCCUCCUCGCCUCCUGCUCCUCCUCCUGCUGCCGGUGCAAGCUUCUCUUCCUCUUCUUCUUCUUCUUCGUCGUCGUCUUCACGGCGCCCGCGCGCGCCCUCCCGCUCUGCACCGACUCCAGGGCGCCCGUGGCGCUGAACGGGACGACGCUGAGCUUCUGCGGCGGCGGCGGCGGCAACGGGAGCAGCUGCUGCGGUGCCGCGGCUGAUGCGGCGCUGCGGAAGCAGUUCGAGGCGAUGAACGUCUCCGACGCCGCGUGCGCCGGCGUCGUCAAGUCGCUCCUCUGCGCGAAAUGUAAUCCAUAUUCAGCUGAGUUGUUCAAAUCAACCUCAAAGAUUCGGACUGUUCCCGUCCUGUGCAAUGGAUCAACUUCAGCUAGUUCUUCCCAAUCGAAGGAUUCUACACAGGACUAUUGCAAACUUGUCUGGGAAACAUGCAAAAAUGUGACAAUACUAAAUUCUCCUUUUCAACCUCCAUUGCAAGGUGGUGCAGGAUUACCUAGUUCAUCAUCAAAACUUACUGAUGUUUGGCAGUCAGAAAAUGACUUCUGUACAUCAUUUGGCGGCACAUCUGACAACCAGUCAGUAUGCUUAAAUGGAAAUGAAGUUUCAUUUAGCACCACUGAACCAUCACCCAAUCCUAAAGGGAUAUGUCUUGAGAGAAUCGGUAAUGGUUCAUACUUGAACAUGGCUCCUCAUCCUGAUGGAUCCAACAGAGUUUUCUUAUCUAGCCAGGCUGGAAAAAUAUGGUUGGCCACUGUCCCAGAACAAGGUUCGGGAGGCACUCUACAACUUGACGAAGCCAGCCCAUUUCUUGAUCUAACUGAUGAAGUCCACUUUGAUUCUGAAUUUGGACUGAUGGGUAUAGCAUUUCAUCCAAAGUUUGCUACCAAUGGACGAUUCUUUGUUUCUUAUAAUUGUGACAGAACUCAGUCACCUAAAUGUGCUGGUAGGUGUUCAUGUAAUUCUGAUGUUAACUGUGAUCCUUCAAAGCUUGGGUCUGACAAUGGUGCCCGGCCAUGCCAGUACCAAGUUGUUGUUUCAGAGUAUUCUGCAAAAGUCUCAUCAUCAAAUGUUUCUGAGGCAACAUCUGCUAAUCCAUCCGAGGUUAGAAGGAUAUUUACUAUGGGACUGCCAUAUACAGCUCACCAUGGGGGACAGAUACUUUUUGGACCUAAAGAUGGAUAUAUGUACCUUAUGAUGGGUGAUGGUGGAAACAAAGGCGACCCUUUUAAUUUCUCUCAAAAUAAGAAAUCACUUUUGGGAAAAAUUAUGAGGCUUGAUGUUGAUGGCGUUCAAACCCAGAGUCAAAUCACUAAUCAGAGCUUGUGGGGUAAUUAUUCCAUUCCGAAGGACAACCCAUUCAGUGAAGAUAGUGACUUACAGCAAGAGAUUUGGGCCUUGGGCUUGAGGAACCCAUGGAGAUGUAGUUUUGAUUCGGAGAGGCCCUCCUAUUUCUACUGUGCAGAUGUUGGGCAGGAUUUAUAUGAAGAGGUAGAUUUAAUCUCAAAGGGUGGAAACUACGGAUGGCGCGCAUAUGAGGGCCCGUAUAUUUAUCAUCCAGAAUGGACACCUGGAGGGAAUACUUCACUUAACUCCAUAAAUGCUAUCUUUCCUGUUAUGGGCUACAGCCAUUCCGAUAUCAACAAGAAUAUUGGGUCUGCAUCAAUUACAGGCGGAUUCGUUUAUCGAGGGUCUUCUGAUCCCUGCCUAUAUGGAAGGUACAUGUAUGCUGAUCUCUACGCGUCAGCAAUGUGGACCGGCACAGAGACCCCAGUGAGCAGUGGAAACUACACCUCAACUCUACUGCCAUUCAGCUGCUCCAAGAACUCCCCGAUACCCUGCGAAUCUGCGUCAGGCAGCCCCCAGCCAUCGCUGGGCUACAUCUUCUCCUUUGGCGAGGACAGCAACAAGGACGUCUUCCUUCUGGCAUCCAAGGGCGUCUACCGGGUUGUCCGGCCUAGCCUCUGCGGCUACGCCUGUCCUACAGAGAAACCAGCGACCAACACCGGGAGUACAUCUCCUUCAGGCUCUUCGUCGUUGGCUUCAGGGAAACGGGUUGGGAAGUUGGCAGCAGUUAUGACGUUUGUUUUGUAUGCAUUAUGCUUCUGAGACGUCCAUCCGUUCUUGUGUCGUCUCGUUUACAUGGCUCCUGUAUGGUUUCUUUCUCACUUGCUGUACAGCAUUCCACGAGCACGACACGUCUGUGUGACUGUGUGUGGUUACUAGUAUCUGGUGGUUGUGCUUA